AUUGGAUGGCAAAUAUGGUACAUGAGCUUACUAAAGCUGGAAAACUCAAACGACCUUCAUAUGCAUUAGUUGCAGAAUGGUAUUCUAUUAAAACAGAUGGCUCUGAAGAUAAUCUUUUAUUUGAUUAUAAUAGAGUAGAACGAUUAGAAAAAGCAGAUCAAUUAGGAUCUGAGGAAAAUGAAAUUACAGCAUUAGAUGAAGCUACUGAAUUGGAUGAAGUUACGGAAUUGGAUGAAGAUAUAGAAAUGGAUAAUACCGGUACAUAUGAAGCUUCAGAGGAUGAGGAAAACGAAUAUUAUGCUGAUGAGAAUGAAUAUGUUAACCAUUUAGUAGAAUCUCAAGAAAUCAACAUUCUUGAAAAUAAUCUUGAAAAUAUUAAUUUAGGUGAAGAUAACGAAGAGGAUA